AUGCAAUUGGCAUUCCGGGGCCGUUACGCUUCGGCGGUAACGCGGGGCUUACGGACGGGAGGAGCAAAUCUCACUCAUACACCUACUUCACGGCUUCAAAUUCCCGGCUUUGACGCUGGGCGAGGGUUACGCCGGAAACAUAUGCUAUCAGGGUAUCAAACAUGGACUCAGAGUAUACUAGAUGGGCCAUGGAGCCAGGAGAAGAUGCCGAUUGGGGCUGAGAGGCGGUAUCUGCAUUCAUCUUUGGAUACUGGGCCGCACCGACAGAGCGCGACGGUAGAGCAGAAGAACCGGGCAGGGUUGAGGGAGUCGGCCUCGUAUGAGAGAAAUGGGUCCGAGGAAAUCGAAGAGGACGGCAGAGCCCGGCUACGGCGAGAGAGGCGGCCCAGGGAUACCUUUGAUCAGGAGGCAGAAAAAGGAAAGCUAUUGACGACGCCAUCGAGAUUGCUGAAACUCAUAAUUCCAUUGCCAACAGAUCAUCCAAAAGAUGUGGAAACAAUAGCCAUACUUAUCCACUCUCAACAGCCUCUAUCGUACUUGGAACGGUUGAUCCAGGCUGAGCUAACCUCGAUCAAGGAUGAUGACGGACGUCAAAGACAACCGGGCGUGUCGUUUAUAGCAUUCCAAUUUGAAGACCAUCCAAUCCGCCCACGGAGAGUAAAGAGCAAGGGAGCCAAGGACUCUGCCGACCCAUCGAAGGAAAUGGAGGUAGAAGAGGUGGCGGUCGCAGACGAUAAAGGCCGGGGUCACCCUGAGGAGGUGAAGCCGCCCAAAAAUGAGCUCGAUACAUAUAGUUCUCUGCAAAAGGCGCAAAAUGGGGAUAAAGAGCAACGGUAUGUGCGCUGGUCACACGCGACAGAGAUUGGCGAUUUUAUACGAGAUGCUGCACGCGCAGGGGAGUUUAUUGUAGCCAUCGAAGGCGCGCCGUUAGGUAUGGACCAGAUCAGGAUAACGGUCCCUUCGUUCGAGGAGCGGUCUCACUACCUUCGCAUGCGCCUGAGGAAAAUAUCGGACCGGAUUCGUACAAUUGCAGAGAUCAAGCAUGAAUGCGAUAAAUUGGCACACCGCGGCGCGCAGCGGGUGGCCCUCGGCGGCUUCGGAAUACUGGUAACCUGGUGGUGUCUUGUUUAUAAACUCACGUUCGGGACUGACUUGGGCUGGGAUACAAUGGAGCCGAUUACAUACCUGGCCAGUUUGUCUACGCUGAUGGGGGGCUAUCUUUGGUUCCUCUACCACAACCGCGAGAUUUCAUACCGUUCCGCACUGGACUUCACCAUCAACGCGCGUCAGAAGAAACUAUAUCAGCUGAAGGGAGUGGACCUGCAGCAAUGGGAGAACCUGAUCUACGAAGGGAAUUCUCUGCGGAGGGAGAUCAAGACCAUUUCGGCCGAGUAUGACACAGAGUGGGAUGAGAGACUGGAUGAGCGAGAUGAGCGUGUUGUUGAGGCCUUGAAGCAAGAGCGAGACCAGAACAAGGGCAACAAUGAGAAAGGCUCAGACGACAAGGGGAAGGGAGAUGACUGA